CAGUUUCCGGAUGUCGCUCCGGACUCACGCAGUGUCGGCAGGUCACUCUGCCCAUUUUUCCUUAGUCCUAGGUCAUCAAACUUCAGUGCUUCUAGGAAAACGGACUUUUUAUCGUUUCGUCGCUGACGAUUUUCGUCCAACUGUUAGCCGAUCGCCGUCGAUGUUGCUCUGCCUGCUGAUGUCGCGCAACGGCAGCGCCUCCUUUUUUUGCACCAACUCUUUAUUCCGUGCACAGUUCUUUGAGACUUGCACGCUGAAAUCUCCUCCAAGUGCCUCGUUAUAGCCACGCAGCAGCUCUCCUCCUCGGUUAAGUCGUCUCCUCGGACUGCUAGCUCCCGUCCAUGCUCCGAGAUUUCCAAGUGCCUCGUUAUGGUCACGCAGCGGCUCUCCUCCUCGGUGGUGUCGCACUGCUAGCUUCUCACUGCUAGCUCUCGUCCAUGCUUUCACAUGGAGCAGUCAAGCACCCUUCGCCGCCCACUACCCCCCGCUCAUUCCCCACCGCCAAUCAUAUCCACGAUUCCCCGCCCGGAAAGCACCUCUCUUUCGGGAGGAAUGUCGUCCUCUUUACAAGCACAUCCGAUAGAAGCACAAGCCGGCUUAUCAGAUGAAACGAGCUCAGCUACUCCUGACUCAAGGUCCACGUCAGCAAUCUCAAGCCAAUCAUUACAUCCCACUGACGCAGCCACGUCAUCCGAGCCAGCGAGGCAGCAGACCACGACGUCAAUACUGACGUCAGCAUCAACAGCUGAUUCAGAAUCAACGGUAGCCAUUCCUCGUCACACCAGGUUUACAUCGCCUAAUGGCCACCCACUCCGUUCCCCUCAGUCACAUCCGCUACAAUCACACCCGGCCUCAGACAACCCCCCUUCCCUGUCACACCCAUAUUCGCAAUCAUCCCUACAAUCCCCGCUAUUAGCACGCCCCGUUAUAGCGCGCCCCAUCAGACGCCACUUAUCCGCGCACAAUCUCAUAAACGAAGCGGAUUCUCACACCAUCCUCCUCCCCACUCACAAUUUCCUCCUCUCCCUCCUCACCUUCCUCCUCAUAGCAUACCUCACCUUCCGCGAAACCCGCUUCUUCUACCCCCCAUGGUCCUGCUCGUCCUUCCUCCGCCUCGUCUCCCCUCUCUUCUCCCUCACGCCUUUCCUCGCCCUCCUCCUCUCCAUACUCGCGCCCUUACCGCUCCUCCUAGGGUCGCUAUACCUCCUCUCCCGUCUCUCUGCCGCUGCUCUCCGCGCGUUAACGCUGCUUUUAUUGUUAAUAUGCUUAUGCGUGACUAUCGAAGCCAUUAUGGCGCAACAGCCGCGGCCAAUCCAAGUCCAGACAGGCUUUGAGUCGAGUAAAAGGCCAAUCCAGCUUGAGACGAGCCACACCCACCAGAGACCCCGAUCCCUCUCCACCACUUCCCACGCCUCCAGUCCCCACCCGUCCAGUCCCCACCCGUCCAGUCCCCACCCCUCCAGUCCCCACCCCUCCAACCAUCGAAGCUUCUCGGCCUCUUCCUUCCAGCGCCGCUUCAAACCACUCUUUUCUCACGUCUCUGACCCGCCUAUGCCGCACCCGUUAGGCAUCUCCCCUGACCAGCGGCUGCUAUAUCUCUUCAUCUCCCUCCUUGGGGGUUCCAUAGGCCUCAUUCUCCUCUUCCUCCUCCUCAUUCCCCAAUCCCCCCCGUCUCCUCUCCUCUCCUCCCCUCGCUCCCACCACCCCACCCACUUCUCUCUCGCAUCCUCAGCCCUCCGAUCGACCGGGCUUCUCCCAUCCAGAGCCGUCCGAUUUCUGCUGCUGCUGCCCCCCCUGCUCUCUCUCGCUGCUCUUUUGUUCCUCCUGCCCUGGUUUCUUGCGGGCAUUCGAUUAUUUGUUGUCUGCCCGGGAGCAGGCUUUCAGCUGCCCGGCCAAGCUUCUACUUCCAGCUCCACAUGCCAAGGCUCGGAGGUGGUGGCGCCUGGUUCGGAAACAUCAGGCUCGGUGGUUUCAGGCUUGGAGGGGUUAGGCUCGGCGGUGCAUUGUGCAGGAAUCCCAGGUUCGGCAGAAUCAGCUUCGAUGUCCGGCUCAGUGUCCGGUUCGGCAUCUGAUUCGGUAUCAGGUGCGGUAGCGCAGUGCUGUGCUGAAUGGAGGGAGGCACUAGCACCUUGGGGUGUGACUAAAGGCGAGGAGGUUAUACUGGGGUCUGGCGUGCUCUGGCUCUGCUGUGUUGGGCUGCUGCUGCUGUGGCUGCUGGUGUCCGCCUUUGUUGCUCUCUAUAUGCACCUCCCGAUAGCAAUCCGCGGGAGUGUGGGUGAGGGAAGGACGCGGGAGCAGGGAGAGGAAGGGCAAGGCACGGGAGUUGGUGAGGAGGAGGAUGGCGGGGCAGGAGUGGAUAGCCCUAGGGGGAUGGAGCAGCACCUCUGGCAGCAUGUUAAGCGGCAGAACAAGCAGCAAGGGCAGGCAGCCGCAGGAGCAGCAGAGGAGGAAUCGGCAGCAGAAGCAUCAAAAGCAGGGGCAGCAGUAGCAGUAGCAGAAGCAGAGGCAACAACAGAAGCAGCGAAGGCAGGGGCAGCAACAGCGGCGGCAGCAGCAGCGGCGGCGGCAGCAGCAGCAGCGGCGGCAGCAGCAGCAGCAGGGACGAGGCAAUCCUUAGGAAGUGGGAGCGCAGGUUUGUCAGGACCAAGGACCAUUCAAGAGGGAGGGGUUGUCUCAUUAGCGAGGGAGAGGGAGCUUUUAUCCAGAGGCUUAUCCAGGCUGUACCUGCCCGGGUACCGUCCACAUCAGCAGCUGAUUCUGGGGUCGGAGAGCGAGAUGUUGACGUGGCAUGCGCAGUGGCAGCUGCUGCGAGGCUCCUUCAGGCUCUCCUCCCACAACUUUGAUGCGGCCUUCUUCCCCUCGCUGCUCCUCGUGGCAGCCAUCGCAUCCACUCUCAUAGCAGUCUCCUUUGCCGUGGCUCCUCUCUUUGAGUUCACUGACUUCAGUACGCCCGUGGUACUCGGAGUGGUGACUGCCAUACAUUUCGACUUCGCCCUACUCCUGCUUACCAUAGUCCUCCUCUCAGUCUCCGUACAGACCCCAUCUGGCCUGCUCUCAUCACUCUCCAUCGCACUCCGCCUCCUCCGCCGCUACGCCCACGCCUACCUCGCGCUCAACUUCGGCCUCCUGGGGGUGCUCUCCUGCCUCGCUUCUGCCUGCUUCAUCCUCACAGGGAUUCUUCAGUCUGCCAUGGUGCAGAAUCUCCUGCUCUCUGGGUCACCUUCAUCCGCACAGUCUACACCGUCGACACCCAUGUCGCCAUUUAUUGCAGCAUCUACACCAUCUACCGCAAUGCUUAUCUCUUCAUUUACAUCAACACCAACACUAUCAGCAGCUACAACCGCACCCCCAAUUUUUUCUAACCAAUCAGCUACACCACCACCACCAUCGGCGCCUCUACUGCAUUUUCCCCAUCUACCACUUUCCCCAACCCUUCGCUUCCUGGCACCCCGCCACUUUCCAUCUGACCUCUUCCCACCCAAGCUCUUCUCAUCAAUCCAAGCCUCCCCAGUUUUAACCCAGGGUUUACUAUCAACCGAUGUUCAAUCGGCCGUGCUGCUGAUUCUAGCCCUGCCCACCUCAGCGCUCAUUCUAGCGUGCCUCUUCUCUGCUGUUGUGCUGCAUGCUGUGGCUUCCACUCUCUUCGUCUCCCUUGCUCUCCACCAAAUGGGCUCCAUUCGCCUCCCCAGAGCCCUCUAACCCCAAGCCUCUCUCCUUGAAUCUAACCCUGCCCUGCCCACUGCCCACCUCAGCGCUCAUCCUAGCGUGCCUCUUCUCUGCUGUUGUGCUGCAUGCUGUGGUUUCCACUCUCUUCGUCUCCCUCGCUCUCCACCAAAUGGGCUCCAUUUGCCUCCCCAGAGCCCUCUAGGUUCUAACCCCAAGCCUCUCCCUUUGACUGUAGUCUCUAGCCCUGCCCUGGCUCUCUAGCCCGGCGAAAAGGGCAGCUACAUGUAAAUCCAUAUUGGAUUCAUGUACAUUCCGAACCUGUCUAACCUUGCCAUGGGCAAUUGUAAAUGAGUACUCUGCUUGACUCCCUCU